AUGAAGAAAUCAAUAGCAUUUUGUGCAGCUUGGGCAUGUGGUUAUAUCAUUAACGCUUCUUAACCUUACCUCAAGAUGUUACAGACCUCCAAUUUAGAGGAAGAAUCUCAUAGUUUCUAAGAAUUUAUUCAAAACUAAAACUACUCAUAACCAAAAAUAAUCGACUUUCUUCAUAGUUCUCCAGAAAGACACUUUCUUCAUAAUAUGAUAGUUCAAAAUGAGAAGGCAUUCAAUUUUUUUAAAGUUUAUUUACCUAAAGAUGGUGAUAUGAAAUGUUCCGAGAAUAAUCCUCAUCUUCAUAUUGUAUUUAAUGCAGCAGAUGAAGUUAGAGGAAAUAACAACGAUGUACAUAGUGGAUUGUUAGCUACUCUAAUUGAUAAUGCAUUUGGAUAAUUAAGCUUUUUGGCAACAGGAUUCAUACCCUCAGUGACUGCCAAUCUCCAACUUAAUUUCAAUCAUACUAUUCAUACAAAUAAAGAUUAUUUAAUAAGUUGUGAAGUUGAAAAAGUUUAAGGGAGAAAAGUAUUUUUGAAAGCAAUUGUUUAUGAUAAUGAGAAAAAUAUUUGUGGUGAGGCCACUGCAUUAUUUAUAACAGUGAAUUGGGGAGGGAAACAAUGGAAACAAGCCAUUGAAACUCUUCAGAAUACCAGAUUCUUUAACGAAGGAGUCCAAAGAUUUCUAUACUGA